AUGCGCGACUACUUCGGCGAAAACCCAAAGUUUGGGGAGCGUUGGUUUCGCCAUCGCUACCGUAUGAGCCAACGUUUGUUUUUGAAGAUUGUCGCCGACAUUGAAGCUACUUUCCCGUAUUUUCGUGAUGGAGUAGACGCGAAGGGAAGAAAGAGUUUCUCGCCGAUUCAAAAAUGCACGUCGGCAAUUAAACUACUUUCAACGGGUGAACCGGCGGACAACUAUGAUGAUUAUCUAUGUAUGGCCGAAAGAACAAGCCGGGAAACUCUCGAGUAUUUUUGUGACGCGGUUAUUCAUUUGUACAAGCGGGAGUAUUUGCGCAAACCGACAUCCCACGACGUCGCCUUGCUGUACAAUGCGCAUGAGACGCGACACCAUCUGCCCGGUAUGCUCGGUAGCCUUGAUUGUACGCAUGUUCAUUCGUUUUUUGGUCUCCCCGGAUCAAACAACGACAUUAAUGUGUUGAAUCGGUCGCCGUUGUAUGAUACUACUAGAAAUGGAACGGCUCCGAACACGUCAUUCACUUUACGUGGCCGCUUGUACAGACGUGGGUAUUUGCUUACUGAUGGAAUAUAUCCUAAGUGGUUAACGUUUGUAAAAGCGUAUCCGCAUCCAGUUGAUCCAAAAGAAGUGAAAUUCAAGCGAGUGUAG